GCCGAGCCCGGCGGCGGGGGAAGCUCGGGCUGCGCUCGCCGGGAACAAAAGGCUGCUCCUGCCCGAGGAGAGCACCGUGGCCUGGGGCUUUCAGCACCAUGUCCCGCAAGGAGUCUGGCUGCGCCUGGGGUGUCCUGCUGACCCUCUGCAGCCUGAGCGCAGCCCAGCCCCGGGACCGGCAGGGCUAUCUGAUUGCAGCACCUUCUGUUUUCCGAUCUGGAGUGGAGGAAGCCAUAAGUGUCACCAUCUUUAACUCUGCCAAGGAGACAACAGUCCAGAUUCAGUUGGUGGUCAAAGGAGAAACAGUGUCACAAGGCCAUGGAACAGUUCUGGAUAAAGGAACGAUUAAACUGAAGGUGCCUUCAGGACUCCGUGGCCAGGCACAUUUAAAAGUCUGGGGCAACAGGCACCUGGCAGAGGCAGGCUACAUCUUCCACAACUAUACCACAGUCACCAUCGACAGCAAAGGGUCCUCAGUGUUCAUCCAGACUGACAAACCCAUCUACAAACCCAAGCAGAAAGUGUUGAUAAACCUCUUUAUGGUGACUUCUGACUUGAGACCAGUCAAUGACAGGAUCGAGGCCUAUGUGGUGGACCCUCGGGGCUCUCGUAUGAUGGAGUGGAACAAUUUGAAGCCCUUUUGCUGUGGCGUGGUGAAUCUGACUUUCCCCCUGUCUGACCAGCCGGUGUUUGGGCAGUGGCUGCUCUUUGCUGAGAUGCAGGGGCACACCUACAACAAGUCCUUUGAGGUUCAGAAGUACGUAUUGCCCAAGUUUGAGCUGAUGAUUGAUCCCCCUCGCUACAUUCGUGACCUGGCACUGUGUGAGAAAGGAACUGUGCAUGCCAGAUACACGUUUGGAAAACCAGUGACAGGGAAGUUAAUAGUCAAUAUGACUAUAAAUGGUGUAGGGUACUACAGGCAUGAAGUGGGACACCCUGUCCUCAAGACCACACAGAUUGAUGGCUCUGCUGUCUUCGAUGUGUGUGUCAGAGACAUGAUGCCAGCCGACGUCCCGGAGCACUUCCGAGGCACCAUCAGCAUCUGGGCCACUGUCAUCAGCUCUGAUGGGAGCAAGCAGCUCACCUUUGAUGACUCAACACCUGUGCAGAAGCAGCUCAUUGACAUCAAGUAUUCCAAGGACACCAGGAAACAGUUCAAACCUGGACUGCCUUACAAAGGAAAGGUGGAAGUGACUUACCCCGACGGGAGUCCAGCCGACGGCGUCACUGUCCGAGUGAAAGCUGAGCUCACGCCGAAGGACAACGUCUACACAAGUGAACUGGUGUCAAGAAAUGGCCUGGUGGAGUUUGAAAUCCCCUCCAUCCCUACAGCUGCCCAAUACGUCUGGCUGGAGACCAAAGUGACGGCGAUCGACGGGAAACCAGCUGGAGAUCAGUAUCUGCCCAACUACUUGUCCAUCAGCAGCUGGUACUCACCCAGCAAGUGCCACAUCCAGCUCCAGGCACCAGAUAAACCUUUCCAGGUAGGAGAGGAGGCUUGGAUCGCAGUGAAGUCCACCUGUCCCUGCAACUUCACUCUGCAUUACGAGGUGGCAUCGCGAGGCAACAUUGUCCUCUCCGGACUGCAGCCCAGCAACGUCACCCAGCAGAGGAGCAAAAGGGCCACCAUGCCCCUGGAGAAGAGUGCUGAUGUCACACACCUCCCGGCAACAGCACCUACCAGCGCCCCCGCAGCGGAGGUCGAGGUCUGCAGGACAUUCCUCCGCUUCUCGGUGGUUCACAGCAUGGCUCCCCUGGGUCGUCUUCUGGUCUAUUACGUCAGGGAGAACGGGGAAGGGGUCACGGACAGCCUGCAGUUCACCGUGGAGCCCUCCUUCGAGAACCCGGUCGCAGUAGCUCUCUCCGCAGACGAGACCAGACCUGGCGACGUUGUGAACAUCAAGGUCCGAGCCGCAAGGUCCAGCUGCGUCUGCGUAGCCACCGUGGACAAGAGUGUCCACCUGCUGAAGCCAGGCUUCCAGCUGGCAGCCCGCCAGGUCUUCCAGGAGCUCGCCGAGUACGACGUGUCCGACGUCUUCGGAGCUCCGAAGGAGGAAGGGCACUUCUGGUGGCCGGGCAUGUCCUCGCGCCGGCGCCGCAGGUCUUCUGUCUUCCCCUGGCACUGGGACAUCACCAAGGACGCUCGCUUCGCCUUCACAGAAACUGGUCUGGUUGUGAUGACUGAUCUGGUCAGCCUGAACCACAGGCAGAACGGGGGCAUGUACACAGAUGAGGCUGUCCCAGCUUUUCAGCCACAUACUGGCACACUGGUGGCUACAGUGCACUCCAAAAUAGCACCAAGAGCAGAGAAGAGAAAAAGAACCUUCUUCCCUGAAACAUGGAUUUGGCACUGCCUCAAUGUCAGUAACGUAACAGGAGAAGCACAGCUGCGUGUGGAGGUGCCAGACUCCAUCACUACCUGGAUUACUGAAGCUGUGGGGCUGUCUGAAGAGAAGGGUCUGGGCAUUGCCAGGCAGACAGAACUGAAGACAUUUAAACCUUUCUUCAUUGAUUUCACCUUGCCAUACCAUGUCAUCCGGGGAGAGCAGACCAAAAUCCCACUGACUGUCUACAAUUACUUAGCUGUCUGUGUGGAGGUCCACGUGAAGAUUUCUGUUCCAAAAGGCAUUAAGUUCGUGGGGCACCCUGGGAAGCACCAUCUGACCAGAAAGAAGUGCGUGGCCCCCGGGGAAGCUAAACCCACCUCUGUCGUUCUGUCCUUCAGUGAGCUUGGACUGAGCAACAUCACUGCAAAAGCUUUUGCUUAUGGUGGGACCAGCUGCUGCCAGGAUGGGAUGCAGACCUUGAGGAAUGGCAAGCACUCAGAGGACAGUGGCCUGGACAAACGGAGCCCAGUGGGAGCAGACUAUGUUCGCAGUAGUGUCAUCAUUGAGCCAGAGGGACUGUCCAGAGAGUACACCUACAGUGUGUUCUUCUGCCCCAAUGAGAAAAUACACAUCUCUACCCCCAACAAGUACGAGUACCAGUACGUGCAGAAGCCAGCCCAGAUGGCACACUUUGACAUUGCUGUGAAAGCACACAACGACGCUCACCUGGCCCUGUCCUCUGGGCCACACGACAUGGCAGAGAUGACAGAGAUCGUUAUUGGUGGGCAGCAGAACACCAAAACCUGGAUUUCUGUCAGCAAGAUGGGCGAGCCGGUGGCCAGCAGGGCCACAGCUGGCAUCCUCUCCUGGGAUGAAUUCCGCAGCUUCUGGAUCAGCUGGAAAGAUGGGAUUAUCCAGGUUGGCCAUGGUACUCGGGUGCUAAAUGAGUCUGUUAUUGUGGAGUGGAGAGCCCCCAGGCAGCUCGAGGUGAAGUACAUUGGCUUUUCCACAGGCUGGGGGUCAAUGGGAGAGUUUAAAAUUUGGAGAAAAGAAGAGGCUGAUGAAAAUCACAAUGAAGCAUUUACUCUUGGAGUUCCCCACAACAUAAUUCCAGGAUCAGAAAGAGCUACAGCUUCAAUAAUAGGAGAUGUGAUGGGCCCUACGCUGAACAACCUGGACAGUCUGCUGCGACUGCCUUUUGGGUGUGGGGAGCAGAACAUGAUCCACUUUGCUCCCAACGUCUUCGUCCUGAAAUACCUGCAGAAAACCAAACAACUCACUCAUGAGGUGGAGACUGAAGCUACUGAUUACCUUGUUCAAGGCUACCAGCGGCAGCUGACCUACAGGAGGCAGGAUGGGUCCUACAGUGCUUUUGGAGAGAGGGACUCCUCGGGCAGCAUGUGGCUAACAGCUUUUGUCCUCAAGUCCUUUGCCCAGUCUCGAGGGUUUAUUUUCAUCGAUCCAAAAGAACUGACAGCUGCCAAGGACUGGAUCAUCCAGCACCAGAAAGAAGAUGGCUCUUUCCCUGCUAUGGGCAGGAUACUAAACAAGGACAUUCAGGGCGGAAUCCAUGGUAAGAUCUCCCUGACAGCUUAUGUGGUCGCAUCUCUCCUGGAGACAGGCAUCACCUCUGAGGAAGAAAGAGCAGCUGUUGACAAAGCAAAACACUUCUUGGAGUCCAACUUGUACUCAGCAGCAGACCCCUACACCACUGCCCUGAGCGCCUACGCCCUGACGCUGCUGCGCAGCCCCUCGGCAGCCCUGGCGCUGCGGAAGAUGAACAGCUUGGCCAUCACCCAAGACGGGUCCACGCACUGGAGCUUGACAGGAACUCUGGUUACUGACGAAGAUACCUUCAUGGGAUUCAGUGAUGGUCUCUCUCAGUCAGUUGUUUCUGCAGAAGUGGAAAUGACAUCUUAUGCCCUUUUGACGUACACGCUCCUGGGGGACGUGGCCUCUGCACUGCCGGUGGUGAAGUGGCUCUCACAGCAAAGGAAUGCACUUGGGGGCUUCUCCUCCACUCAGGACACGUGUGUAGCCCUGCAGGCUCUAGCAGAAUAUGCCAUCCUUUCUUACGUUGGAGGAGUCAACCUGACCAUUUCUUUGGCUUCUACUAAUCUGGACUACCAGGAGACCUUUGAGCUUAACAAGAUGAAUAAGAAAGUCCUGCAGACAGCAGCGAUCCCCAGUAUCCCAACGGGGCUGUUUGUGAGUGCCAAAGGUGAAGGCUGCUGUCUGAUGCAGAUUGAUGUCACUUACAAUGUACCUGAUCCUAUUGCCAAACCAGCUUUCCAGCUCCUGGUUAACCUGAAGGAGCCAAAGUCAGAGCAGCAUCUUCAAGCUCCAAAUCCCCUGCGGUCUGUCUCUCCAGAUGAGAAUCGCUCUGAAGCCUUGCAGAGAGAGAGGGCACUGGUGGAUGAUGAUGACCCAGCCUCAGACCAGGACCAUCGGGAGUACAAAGUCAUACUGGAGACAUGCACCAGGUGGCUGCACUCUGGAUCCUCUAACAUGGCUGUCCUGGAGGUGCCUCUGUUCUCGGGGUUUCGUGCAGACACUGAGAGCCUAGAGCAGUUGUUGAUGAACAAGCAGAUUGGAUUGAAAAGAUAUGAAGUGGAUGGAAGAAAAGUCCUGUUUUAUUUUGAUGAGAUCCCCAGCCAGUGCAUGACCUGUGUGAAGUUCCAGGCUUUCAGAGAGCACAUAGUUGGGAAAACAGCUCCUGUUCCUAUCAAAGUCUAUGACUACUAUGAGCCAGCUUUCGAAGCCACUCGCUUCUACAACGUGAGUGAGAACAGUCCCUUGGCUCGGGAGCUCUGCGAUGGGCCAACCUGCAACGAGGUGGAGAGCUCAGCUAGCCAGUGGGUUGGCUUUGUCCACUCUGGGCCAUGCAAUAACGUUUUUGGCUGCUUGGAGGAUGAGUAUUUUGAGCAGUGCCUGUGUUCACGAGACUGUGGCUAUGAUGGGGAGCCUGUCUGUGGAUCAGAUGGACAGAUCUACCCUAACCACUGCCAGAUGGAAGUAGCAUCGUGCAGGAAUAACACCAGGAUAGAGCAGAUGCCCAUGUCCCAGUGUUCUGCCUCUAAGAAUGCACCAGAAGAAAGGGAGACACAAUCUCACACUGCUGAGCAACCCAGUGCUCAAAAGACUGCAGCAGCAGAGGAAGGGCCUCCCCUCCAGCCAGACCUCUCCUACUACUCCUAUGAGUACGACCCAGACCCCUACGCAUCGGAAGCUGAGGCUUUUGAGGUGGUGGCAGAGCUGACAACAGCAAGAGCCAUGACAGAAGUGGACAAGACUCAGGAAGUAGUGACCACAGUGGAAUGAAAGAUGUAAUUUAAGCAAAGAGAAUCAACUCCUCCCUGAGUUUGUUCCUACAGACGACCUGCUGCAGACCUGAACCUGACCGAUGACUACUUGCUGGUGCCUUCCGAGCUGUAGGCUUAGCUGCCCCGCGGGGGGAUCCCGAGGGCUGAGGGGGACACUCAGCCUUGGUUUUCUGUCCAUUUUCCUGCCUUUUGUGCAUCCUCUUUGGAGUAUUUCCAAGGAUGGGAGAUUAACAUGCUGUGCCCUCUAGGUGAAAAAAGUAGGGGCUGGAAUACCAACCUAUAGACCAUUUCCAAGUGUUUCCUCUGCUAUCAGGAUACUGCAAAUGCCAUUUCCUAGCUACACUUAGAAGCUAAGUCCAGGCCUUGUGCUUAGCUGAACUGCUGUUUGAGGAAAGAUGGCUGAGAAGUUUUCUCUCAAGUUUCUAAUAAUAAAAAAUCAGUGUGUUUUGCUAAUUAUGACACAGAAAGAGGUUAAUCAUCUUCCCCGGCCCGAAGGUCUCCUGUACCCACAACAAUGUCCCACUAGGAGCAGCUCCCCACAGGCUCAGUGUUCAGGGGAGCUGUUGGGAGGUUCAUUUUACAGGAGAAAACUGACAUCCCCUGUCAGGCUAAAAGGCUGCUGGCUUCAGGUGGGGUUUGCCAGCUCCAGCAGUGAUGAGGAUGAGGUGGGGCAGCCCUCUUCAUGUUGCACUAUGCUCUGAUAAUGGCUGCUUGCAGCCUGCUCAGCCCUUUCCUCCCUGUAACCCUGGCAUGGAAAUAAAGCUGACCCAAGGCAGAGUCCUGUUAAAUGCUU